GAAGGGAUCAGUUGGCUUCUUCAUGUCUUGUAGAGGAGAGGCAAUAUUUCGUUGUUUGUUCGGACAACUGAUCUCUACAUACAUUUGAAGUCGUUGUUCGGCCUGCAGGUCUGAUCGACCUAACCCUAUCCUGCUCUGACAACUGACGACUGGUCAAGCCUAGGUAAACUAAGCUGAUUGAGAGGAGACAUCACGUUUCGCCGCUAGUCCUGAUCAAGCAACAUGAAGACGGCCAACUUCACUAGCCCGUCGGCAGUCCGUGAUCAGCGUCUUUCUUCAAGCUCUGCCUCAAACGUCGAGUACUUUGGCGCUUCUCCGGCGCUCCACGCCGCCUUGGAAGCGGAGCGCAUUGCCGCAUAUGAAGCAGCAAAUCCGAUGCCACUCCCCAUGAGCAGCAACGCCAGUUCACAGUCUGCAGGCACUUACCUACCUCCCGUCGAGUCAACUGAACCGAACUAUCUUGCUCACCAAGCCGCCCAAGCAGCCUCCCUGCAGGCGGCGCAAAGUGUUCAGCAGCAGCAGAAUCACUCUCUCAACAACCCUCUUCUUCCGACAACGUACACGUUCAGCCUUGACCAGGUAGCAUGCGUCUGCGAAGUCCUUCAGCAGAACGGCCAGAUCGAACGUCUUGAGCGUUUUCUCUGGUCCUUGCCUCUCCAUGAUGAAGUGCAGCGCCAUGAAAGCGUGCUCAAGGCGCGCGCCAUUCUGGCUUUCCACCGGAACAAUUAUCAACAGCUCUACCACAUCCUCAAGUCUUACCAAUUCUCACCUUCUUCCCAUCAAAAGAUGCAGCAGCUCUGGCUGCAGGCCCACUACAGGGAGGCGGAACGGGUUCGAGGCCGCGCCCUUGGGGCGGUGGGCAAGUACCGCAUCAGGCGAAAGUACCCCCUGCCGAGGACGAUCUGGGACGGUGAGGAGACGAGCUACUGCUUCAAAGAUAAGUCACGGAACCGUCUGAAGGAUUACUACAAGAGCAACCGCUAUCCGUCGCCAGCGCAGAAAAGAAAAUUAGCAGCGGAAACAGGUCUGACGGUCACACAAGUGUCGAACUGGUUCAAGAACCGUCGCCAGCGAGACCGAGCUUCAGACAGGAGUGCAGGAAAGUCAUCAAGUCGCAAGACAAGCACAUCGAGUUUGGCCACUUCUGACAGUGGCAGGGACUCGGUGACAAGCGGGGAUUUCCCCACGGCUCUGGACAGCGCAUUUCAGAGUGAUGAGUGUCCAGAAGAGGAGGAGGAAGAUGGUGACGACGACGAGGCAAUGACUGCACCUCAUCACAGGACAUCGGGAAGCAGAUCAUCCCCGGUGGCGGAAACCCCGGACGGCGAGGAGCCAAGUCUGCCGCCGAUGGAUCAACUCAUGCUCACCGAACACAUGCUCCGGGGCCAGGACUCUGAAGUGGAUGAGCUGAUACACCGACCAUCCGACUCGACCCUGCCCACGGUAAAGUCGAGACUCAAUAGCACCGACAGUGCCGUCAAUGUGGGUGACAGUCCGUUUGAAAUCUCCUCUAUCUUGGCCAGCAGCUACCAGCCAAGGUCCAACGCAGCUUAUCCCAUGCACUCGUGCGGCACGGCUCCUGUUUACCCACACUACCAGUCUCUGGCUAGCCUAGCUUGCAUGUCACACGGCAACUACACCACAAGCGGCCAUUCUAUGGCCGCGUUUCCAUUGAAUAACUCCACGCAGCCCCCACCCAUGUACCCAUCGCCACCAAGCACACAAAUGUACCCGCAACGCAUGACCUCGCCGCUUUUCAAUGCCUCCUGGUCGUCCUACAUGAACCACAUGCCACAGCAGUCUACUUCGAUGAGUCAGAACACCUCGCCACCACCGUUUCUACCAUCAAUGACCUACCAGCCUCAAGGCAUGAGUGACUUUCUUGUCGGUGGCGCCAACCCCAGCACUGACCUGAUAGACGAGCCGGGAAAGUUCUGUCCAACGUCGCAGUCGGAGCUGCACUCGGUUCUGUCUCCUCCAACGUCGUCAACACACGAUGUCUGUACAGCGAUGUAUCCAGAACAACCGGCAGCCUGUGUCCCCGCCACUGCUGCUGCACACAGUCCGACUGGUGGCCUCUUGGAUACUAGCAUGCCUGCCACAGUUCCAGCGCUUUCGGCUGCUUCGACCACUUCCGCGCCCCAACCGACAACAGCAGUUGCGUCAGUGAGCUGCGAAACCGAAAUGUGAUGAUGUGCCAUAGCUUCAGUAUUAUCCUCAGCUUACCCAUCAUUGCAACAAUGACCAGAUAUGAAGCCAACCAUGACCAAAUAUUUUUUCCAAUGUGGAAUCAUGUUGUCCCUCCUUUUUGUGAGCAUUAACCAGAUUGUGCUGUACCUUGUUGUGAAGCCUUAGAUUCAAAGCCGACUCUAAUAAAUUCACUGCCAUUCCGGCGAUGUCUAAUUGAACAAGCAUUUAUCCCCGGACAUCCAUAAUUUGGUGUUUAAUAUUCAUUCAUUAUUUGAUUUUGAGUAUUUUCUCUCCUGUCACGUCUUUCUCCAGUUUACUUUCUCUAAUAUCGUUUUCCCUGCCGGGAGGCGGGAGACCGUAUGGUUUGUACCUUGUUUAUUUUUUAAGAUAACAAACUCAAGGCGAGGUAAUGAGGCAGAUGUCUCCCCGGCGAACUUAA